CCGGCGCGGCUCGCACGCUCCGUACCAACAUUCGAUAAUGGAAUACGGACUCGAACGGUGACUUGUAAACAAAGUGACUGUCAACAUUCGGUCGAAAUUCGAACGAAAAGUUCGUAAAGUGAACGAAAAAUUUGUGUUUAUUAAAAAAGUUUUUUUUUUUUGCGUGUCAACGAUGAAAAUAAGAAAAAGACAAACAGUGAUCUUACGUUUGUGACUGUUUUGUUAACUGAAGUGCUUGUGAAGUUGUAAACUAUAUUAUGUAAUGAGAUAAGUGUUCCAAGACUUGACAAUGAAGAUUUUAACGCUGAUAGCGUUGUGUGCAAUAACAACGGCACACAAGAUCACCGAGCUCAAGGUCCCGCUAUACGCCGACCCGCGGCGCGCGGCGGAAUUGAGCUGCCACUUCCAGAUGGACGACCAGAAACUGCACUCGGUCAAGUGGUACAGAGACAUGAACGAGAUAUUUAGAUACAACCCAUCACAGAAGCCACCAAUCCGCCUGUACAACAUAACAGACAUCAUGGUGCAAGGCGGGGACUGUCAAGUGGACUCAUGCAUGGUGAGGGUCAUGCCUCCUCCAGUCGCUACGAGAGCGGCAUACAGUUGUGAAAUCUCCACAGAAGGCCCCAAGUUCCAGAUAGCAAGACAAACUAAACAUAUGACUGUAGUAGCAAUGCCAGACAAGGACCCCAUAAUAAUUGGAGCGCCUAAAUUAGUGAAGCCCGGAGAGCAAAUACUCGUGAACUGUACUACAGACUACUCGCUGCCAGCAUCGGACAUUAAUUGGUACAUCGACAAUGAGCCAGCAAAGACGGAACCCUGGCAACACAGAGAGUUGAGUGCGCCACAGCCCGGCGGUCUGCGUGCCUCGUGGCGCAUUCUGCGAGUCGCCGUGCCGUCCACAGCGAGCGGUGCUCUGCGCGUACGAUGCGAAGCGAUCCUCCCUGUAGAACCCCCCGUAGUCAGAGACACGAUGACUAUCAUCACUGUGUACUCGCGCACACAGCUGUCGAAGUACGUUUCUAAUAGAGGUAUACAAAUGGAUUAUAAAUAUAGUAUUGUGUUAAUCUGGACUUUUAAAGUAAUAUUGAAGUUUUUGAGCUUAUGAGGCUUGGUAUGAAGUACUUUCACAGUGAUAUUAGAAUAAGUGUAGAUAAAUGUGAUCGGCCUCCAAACAUAACAAAGUAGUAUAGGAGCCAGCGAAUAAUUUUAAUAUCGUCUGUUUUUUUAAGCAGAAACUAAAAAUAAUUGCCAUAAUAAUUAUAUGCUUUAAAUAUUACCAAUCUUCCCAUUACCCUCUAAUUAGUCGGAAAGGACUGUGUAAAUAGUGGGUGCUUACAUUAGUCCAACGAGCGAGGAUCGAACCGCGACCUCUCAGUGAUGUGUCGCACCCUUUAUCGUUGAAAACAGGACUUUAAAAUCGAUACUAAGUAUAUACUGUGUACAAUCAUCUAUACAUUUUUGUAUGUCCAUUUUGAAUCUAAAAUUAUUAUUUGCUGGCUCUUCGACUACUGCUGUAACUAUUAAAUAUACGAUAUUAGAUCGUAUGUAACCUACAAAUAAAGAUGAAUUUAAUUCAGCAGUCUAUAGAUAUCCAUAGAUAUAAUUAAUAUGCAAUACGGAGUUAUUAUUUUUUGUACAUUCCCAAGUUGUUUUUUUUUUAUAAUAUCGUCAAAGUGUAUAAUAAUAAAAUUAUUAUUAAUUAUAUUAUGUAAAAUAUAAAAUUUGUUAGAUAAAUAAAUAAAUAAAACUGAAAUAUAAAUAUGUAAUAUUGUAGAAUAAAUGUUAUUUGUUCAUUAUUACAUUUUUAAAAAAUUUCUUGAAGAAGUGUCACUUUCUCCGAGAAAAGGUUUCGUGUUAGAAUAAUGUUAAAGGCAAUAAGGUUUGGACUAUGAAAACAGAAACUCAAAUAUGGGAUGAAAAUAUUUCGGUUUAUUUAUAGGAAAAAGAUCAGGUAGUAGGUUUUCAAAGUCUGGCAUUUCGCAAUUCGAGCCACGUUUGUCCAGUAAAAUCACCUAUACUUAUGAAAAAAUAAAGUUUGCAAUAGUCUAUUAUAGUUGGACAACCUUCUGAGACUUCCCUUCUACCUUUACAUUCUCGUUUUACUACAUGAUUUUCGUUUAACUGGAGGUAUAGUACCUACUUGUCAAAAAGAGCAUGACGCAAUAAUGCACGCCAUUGACGAUCAAUUAUUCUCACGUUUCUGCAACACCCACGACUAUAGUUGAUCGUGUAUUGGUCACUGCGUGCAUGACGGCUCGACUUACGAAACGUCUUCGAUGCCGUUUGCGCUGCAGAAACGUGAGAAUAAUUGACCGUCAAUGGCUGACUUAAAUUAAGUUACUAUAGUAUAUUCUGGAAAGGCCUUUUGUAUUUGGAUCUAGUGGUAAUAUGAUGGACUAAUCGUGCGGCUAAAGAACUGCAGUUUUUACUAUUCAUUAAAACUGUUCAGAUAAAUUGUCUGUGUGUAGUGUACGUCAGUUGUAACUGUACAGUUUGUAACGAUUUUUAUUGAAAUUACCAUCAGAUAAAACUAUACAGUCAAACCUAAAACUGACGGUCUGUAGCGCCUGAGUUUCAUACAUCUCUCUGUCAACUUUUUACUGUCAAAUGCUUAUGUCUACACCUACCUUUAUAUCAAAACCCAAACAAGCAGACUUCUAAAAGUAGACAACUCCCACCCAGUCUCCACUGUAGGUUGGAUGCUUGUAUCGUGAUACGUAUAUUGUAUAGGUUCACUUGGUGGUUCAAUUACACAUACCUGGAUCACCUAUUUAAUUACUGGCAUAUGAACAUCUCAGGUUCAUGGGCGCAAGAUAGCGUAUUACAGCAUACUGUACGCUACGGCGUAUUAUUCCGUAUAUAUACUUAGCCUUAGGCUUAUACCCGUAUAAGUCUAAGGCUUAGUCAAAGUCAAAGUCAAAGUCAAAAUUCACUUAUUUCAAUUUGGCUUAGUACACAAGUCCUAAGCAUGCUCUGCAAAAGGUUUCUAUCAAAGACAAUGGUAAUUCCACAUACGUUAAGAUUACGUAGGCUUACUCCUAAAGUAAUUUGUAUUAAAAAAUAUGACGAAUCCACGAACUAAUAAAAACAGGACGUAAGGCUCCAAUAAAUGAAAUAUGGUCAGCCGACAUGAUAUAUGCAGCCGUAGGUCACUGCCAUAUAUUUCGUUACUGAGUUCUGACACAGGCUGUCGUCAUAACAGUCUAUCAUGCGAUAUUGCUGCCAGCGGAAUGGGGUCACAUUUUAUAAACUAGAAAACGACUUUUAAAGUAUUCUACUUACUCCUAUAAACUCCAUUUUGAAUUUUCUUACAGAACCCUUAUACAUAUUGCUUACUAGCAAACAAAUACAAGGAUAAAUAAAUAGCCUCGCUGAUGUAACUUUCCAUUGGUGAAAGAAAUGUUAGAAUCGUUCCAGUAGUUUUGUGACCUAUUCGAUUUUAGCGAUUUCAAAAGUUACGAGGUCGAUUGACCCCAAACCCCACAGAAAGUUUUAGUAUGGGGUCGAAAGACCUCAUACAGAAAAAUAAGUGCCGCAACGAACGUGUUAAUGAACUGAGUUCCUUGUGUUUGUUAAUUCAUAUUUAGUAAAUUUGCUUUGGUCUCUACUCUACCGAAGUACUCAUUUUGAUAUUCUAUUUUUUGAAGAAAUUUGGUUUAGGCUGUAAGCCGGAUGCCAAAAUCGAACAUUCUUCUUGAAAUAGAAUAAAUACCUCUACUUGAAUAUAUAGGACUCAGUGAUUAAAAAGAAAAAGUUAAAAGAGAACUCUAUCUAAGUCAUUUUUUGAGUAGUACGAGUACCUCAUGGUUCUCGGGAUAUCUGUGUUCAGGUGUUAGUCAGAGGCGUGCACAAGGUUUUUGAUAACGGCGGGCACUAUAAUAUGAGAAAGAAAGGACAACGCCUUACAUACUUCAUUUCAAAGAUAUUGUGUUCAAUAAACUGAAACAUGAAUAAAUUGGUCCAUUGACAAUUAUUGUCGAUUGUAUCUUUUACAGGCAAUUAUUGUCUAUCUGUUAAGAUUUACCGAGAGCCAAGCGAGAGAGAGUGUACCAAAUAAACUAAAAAUACGUUAUCUAUGUACUUACACGUUUGAGGAUCUGUAGCUUUAAAACCUACUACCUUCAAAAGAUUCAGUCCAAACUCCUUAUUAAUUUGCUACUUAUGAUAUAGACCAAGAUCCCAGAGAGAUUUGACACAGCUUACUUUUACAAAAUGAUAAUGAAACCUUAGGUUUUCAGUAGCGUCUCAUGUGCUUUGGGUCUGCAUUUGUGGAGUCUUGCUCUGGGCAAUAAGAAUUUGAAAAUAAGAUGUGUCAGAUCGCUCUUUUUUAUUCUUUACAAGUUAGCCCUUCACCACAAUAUCACCUGAUGGUAAGUGAUGAUGCAACUAAGAUGGAAGCGGGCUAACUUGUUAGGAGUAGGAUGAAAAUCCACACACCUUUUUACUGUAAUAGUAGCGAUGGGUUGACAGACUUUCGGCCUACAUAAAUCGAGGUGUUUGGCUAUCGCAGACUUUCGGACUUUCGGUCUAAAACUCUUUUGUGUCUACUGAUUUGUAAUUAAUUAUAAAAUAUUAAGCGUUAAUCUAUGGCUGUGUUUCACCUAAGGUAAUGUCAAUUCUUUGCACGAAAUCGUCUUUUAUCUUAAAUGUACAGUUAAACGGUAUCAUUGUUUUAUUUGAUUUAUUGUAAACUUGAAUGGAAUACGUAAAUAAAACAUGAAAUAAA